CAACUCCAAGAAAUCAUCGUAGAAAUAGUACGCAGGCCCCUCGCAGUUUGAAUCACUAGCGGGAAAUCGUUGCUAUGGUUAAAUCGAUCGACUUUACGUUUUACCGUCACAACAUUGAAGUUAAAAUUCAUUAACAAUGUCCAGUUGUAGUGAGAGAUGGAGAGAAAAUAUCAUUUUCGGGGCUGUCAGGUGAUAUCGCAGUAGUGUAAAGUAUUUCGUUCAUUAUUCGUUUAUUGAUAUUUUCAAUAAAUUCGAAAUUAUGAAGUUCUGGGCCUUUCAAUUAUCCAGGAUUGUUCAUUGGUAUUGAUUAAUUAGGGGUAAAAGAUUAUUGAGAUGUCGUUAGUACUUUCAAGAGUGGAUUAUGCAUCGGUUGGUGUCACUUCCAAGGGGACGAUGCGGAUUUUGCCAUCGCACGACGCAAAAGCCCUUCAGAAAUUCGCCGUGGGAGAUCACGAUGGAAUUCUCCACGUCUUCGGGAUGAAGAAAGGAGAGCUCCAGCUGUCCUUUAAAUCACUCCCAGGUCCAAAGAUCGAGAAGCUGGUCCUCGGGGGUACCCUGGGCAACCCAAAAGACAAGAUCUUCAUCGCCUACGGCAAUUCCGUGAAGGGCUACACGAAAAAAGGAAAGAUGUUCCUGGAGUUUGACACGAGCCUCAUCGACCCCAUCACCUCGAUGUUCGUCCUGGGGCCAGACCUGGCGGCGUGUGCCCGUGACUUGUACCACAGAUACCAAAACUGCAAGGACGCCGAUUCCUACCUAGCAGGAGAGACCCUGAACGACGUGAUCCUGAUCCCAGGUGAGGGUUCAUCGGUUCUGGCGAUUCUCGCCUGUGGGGAUCGUGCGAUUCGUGUGUUGACGGGAACGAAGAGCCCGACCAUCUUGAGACUUCCUAGCGUCCCCACAGUUUUAACCUCCUGGAGGGAAGACCAGAGAGACUCGAGAAAUCGAAUCCUGGUGGGUACCCAGGACGGCAAAAUCGGUCUGUUGACAGUUCAGGGCGCUAAGACAAUCAGAAUAACUUGGGUGAUAACGACAGCUGCACCAGAGGUGACAUCCCUCGACACUUACGAACUCGAGGACGGCCUGGACAUCCUGGUGGGUCGUCAGGACGGCACCGUAGAGGUGUUCGCCUUUCCCGAGGACGAGGAGACAACACCGCUCCGUAGAUAUCGUUAUAACGCAGGUGAAAGCGUCAGUACAGUGAUGGGGGGGAUAAUCGGUGCUGCUGGAUAUCCAGAGAUCCUCGUGACGACGUAUUCAGGGAGAAUAUUCGGACUGACAACGAGACCUCCAGGAUCCCUGGAGGCUGGCUCGAGUAUUGAGGCCUUGGAAAAAUUGAAAACCGAGAUUCUAGAAUUGGAGCAGAAACUCGAGGAGGAAAAAGAGAUGUUUGAUCUACCGAAUGAGGGAAUAGCCCCCCUAAUUCUAUCAGUGAAUCACCGGAUGAUCCUGGAUCCGGAUACAGCCUCAUAUCAAUUGUCCAUCGAGCUUGACACCCCUAUCGACAAUGUUCUCAUACAAUCGGACACACCUGUGGAGCUUCUGGACGAGAGUAACAGUGCAGUUGCGAGUCACUCGGUGUGCAAUCCUCAGGAUAACAAUUUUGUACUUGCAACUUACAGGUGUCAGGCCAAUGUCAAUCGUGUCGAGACACGAAUGCGAACGAUUGAGGGACAGUCGGGAGUUCUCCAGGUGUAUGUAACGACGCAGAUCCAGCCGAAGGCAUGCAGAAGGAUCAGGAUACCGGUGUAUGCGUUGUCUCUUCAUGCCAGGUUGCACGAUGAUGAAGGGCCCCAGGGGUGUGGGGGGCCCUUCAAUGAGCUCAGGCUUCUUGGGGGAUUCACUGUUGCUGAAAUGCAUGCCUGGUUGGCUCUCGCCCUGCCUGAUAUACCUGAGAGGCCACAAUUAGUCGAUGGAGAAGCUACCUUGAACUAUGUCUCGACUUUUGUGGGGACUCGGCUGAAAUGCAGGUAUAAGAAGGGAAGUGCCAGCUUCCUCGGGGAGAAUGUCUCUACUGUUAUCAUCCUCAGAGAUCUACUCACCAGAGAAGCCACCAAGAGGAAGAUCAAGCUGGAUGUAUUCUGCGAUGUCGCUGAGGGCAGUGUCACCAGGGUAUUGGAGCUCAUUUUACCCAGACUAGAUGCUGCUGAUGACUUGACCCAGAAGCUGAGGAUUCUGGAUGCUCUCCAGGAGUGGGAGAUGAAGGUCGAGGCUGAGGGGAAUUUGAGCAGUGAUUACCAGGAACUUUUGAGGCAGGAGGAGGCGCUCAGGAGAGAGAUGGCAAAACAUCCUGAGAUCUUGGUGAGACUUCAUGGUGUUAUCACGGAUUUGUACGUUGACUGGGAGAGAGCCAAGGGGUCCAGGAGGAUGACCAGUAAAGAUGCUGGGGAAAAACUGAGCUUUGCCCUCACGGGGCGGGAUAUCGAGGCACUUCAGCAGAUCAUACUAGGAAACGACGAUAAUCCUCCCACACCAAUGGCUAGUCUCGGUAUUGUUCAGGAUAUGAUCAUUUGAUUGGCAUUAUUGAGGCUAUUCUUCAGUUUGUAUAAAUGUGUUCAU